UACGACAAAACAUAUAGUUUUAAAAAAUAUUUCUUGUAGUGAUUUGUUUACCUGGCCUACACUUUGCACUCCCAUCGUGUUUUGGUUUGCAUUAUUGUUGCAGCGUUCUUACCCUGCGCCCCCGACUGGACAUCUGUAAAAAAAAAGCUUUAUAGCUCAUCGGAUUCCUACUGCAGCAUAAAUACAGAUUCUGACUUCUGAUCUGCGCAUCUCAACAGCUUAAAGCCAAUGGGCAGGUGGCGUGCGCAGUGGUAAAGUGUGGGUUAUGAGAGUUUGAGAGUGCACGAAAUUUACACCGUGGGGCCUGAUAAGAAUUACAUUUGAACUCUCCAUGUCUAUAUAAAUAAAGGCCUUAAUCUGUACGUCUCAAGAACCUCUAGGGGUACUUCCCGACAAGGUAGAACGUUGACAUUUGGUACCCAGGUAGCUUUCAGGGCACAAACAGCGGAGGAAAAAAAUCAGAAAAAACGAAAUUUUUCAUUUUAAGGGCCUCAAAAUCUCGAUUUUGAGUGUCCCAUAAACAUGUUUGUGCGUGGUGUCAUGCAGAAACCGUAAAAAAAUAUAAGAUUCCGUGUUUUUCGUUCGAUUGAGCGUUACAUAGCAAAUACAAUUAAAGCGAGAACCAUUCUAUCUUUUAUUGUUUUCCACAUAUUUCGGAUUCAAGCGGUUUUGAACGAAAAAAAAUUCACAUUUUUUGAUGUUCAAAUCUGAAUAAUUCGAAAACUGCAAAAGAUAGGAGCUUCCCCCUCAUUGAGUAUUACGUUCACAAAAUGUUGUUCUUUCUAAUUAAAAAAAACUAACACAUUCUUUAAAUUGACCGGUUUCCGAUGGGUACACCUUGAAAUAUAAUAACUUAAUAAAUAAAGUCGUCAACAAUGGGGUUUUUUCGCGGAAAAAAUUUUUGAGUAGUUGUUAGUGUCUGAUCGUAGACAAAAAUUGUUAAAAACAUAUCAGUUUAAUUAUUAUAUAUAUUGGAAACGUUUGCCUGGCGAAGGACCUUUAUGAACCAUAUAAUGAAUAUACACGCACGGAUGUCAUUUCUUAUUAAACUAAUUGCUCACUACGACCCCUAGUGGCGGGCGCCUCUCUUUCCUGUUCCUCGUUCCGCUGUGCUUCCCAUUCAAAAGCAACAGCAGAAGAAGCAGCAGCAGCAACAACAACAGCAUAAGAAACAACAACAACGACAACCGAAAGUCAUUCCCCGUAACUUAGGCCCCGCGACCACGGGUAUCCAUGGAAACGCUCCAGGCCCUGGAGCCUCACCGCCUGCUCAACGUGCCACCAACAAUCUACUAUGUGCCGGACUUCUUGUCGCACGGCGAGGAGGAGAUGCUGCUGAGAGAGGUGUACAAAGCGCCCAAAACCAAAUGGACGCAGCUGUCUGGACGUCGGCUGCAGAAUUGGGGGGGCCUGCCGGACCCACGGGGGAUGCUCACGUCCCCUCUGCCUCCCUGGCUCGCCCACCCGGCCUCGCGCCUCUCUUCCCUCGGCCUCUUUGACGGUCGCCAGGCCAACCACGUGCUGGUUAACGAGUACCGCCCGGGCGAGGGCAUCAUGCCUCACGAGGACGGGCCGCUCUACUACCCCACCGUGACGACGCUCAGCCUGGGCUCCCAUUCCGUGCUUGACUUCUACCCCACCGUGCGCUCCACUCAGGAGCCCGACGGUGACCCUGAGUGCCCAGCCGCUCGCUCGCCCGUGUUCAGUCUGCUGCUGGACCGCCGCAGCCUGCUGGUACUGCGCAACUCGGCCUACACGGAACUACUGCACGGGAUUAAACCUGUCAUGGCCGACGACGUCGCCACCACCGCCGCCGGCGCCGCCAACCUCGCGCUGGUGCCGUGGGCCAAUGCCGGGGCCGGUGGGGAGGCGGCGGUGUGGCCGGCCCCGCGCGGCACGCGGGUAUCGCUCACUAUCCGUCACGUGCCUCGCACCGUGCGCGCACCCGUGGUGCUGACGGGGAGGAGGUGACGGAGGAGGCGGUGGAGGAGCUGACAGAGGAGGAUACGGAGGCGACGGAGGAGGCGACGGAGCUCCACAUCCUCUGUCCACCUGUUCUCCAGCCCGUGCCGCUCCCAUUUAGCUCCCUCUAUCCGGCCAAGCAGAAUUCUGCUUGGCCAUGCGGUGGCUGGGCAUGCGGGCUACAUGACCCAGCUGACGCAACCUCACCUGUCGGAGAAGUUCAUCGAUGGGACUGUGUCGAGGUCUUUCGAGGAUCUGUGAGCUCCUGAUCCAGCCUGGUUAAACCCAAGAUGGAUUGUGAGUAGGCCACCCUGAAUUUUUCAAGCCUGCACAGACGUUCCUGUAAAAUUGUCCAAGCUUCUCAAGCAUACAGAAGGGAGGGCAUAACUGUGACACUGAAGACCUGGACCUUCGCAUAAAGCCAUAGGCCAGACAGCUUCUAUGCAGCGUUACGUAGUUGAUGAAAAGAUAAUUCCGCUAAACUGAUUCGAAGUUAAACAUCUUGCUGAACUAUAGCUGGUAAUAAGCAUAAUGCCCAGGGUGGGGCACUCCUGCACUCUGUACAACUGCCCAAUCACCCAUGGAGAGUUAAGGGGGGGUGGAGUGUUUGACGAUUUAAAAUACCCAGGCCGGUGGCUUGUUUUAGUCGGGUCCGAUUUUAAGGCUGGUGAACAAUUUAAUUAGAUAUCACUCUUUGCUUUUUGACAGAAGUGUUGAGAUUUUGUAUGGUUGGAACCACGCGGAGAGUCAGAGGAACACAUGGAUCAGGGAACACACGUGCAUCUUGUGAAGUGGGCUUGGUCAGGACACAAGGUGGCUAUGGGGGCUGACACCCGACGGAUGGGCCUGCUGACAGAGCGGCAGCCAGAGGAGGGAACGCAGACCCCGGAUACGGAGCGGUGAGAGCAGCGCUCAACCAGGGCUGAUACGAGACUCACUUCUGCCACUGUGCGAGUCCGAGGAGAAACAGCUCGCGUGUGCAAGUCUUGAACGGGAGGUUGUUUGACCGUACUUUACUAUGCCGCUCGGUGUGGUUUCAUGAAGUGGAGGGGUGGUGGCGGUGUCCAGGACCGUUUGAGGCAUUGCUCGCCACCGACGCUCACCGUGGCCGGGAAUCUUAACUCGGGUGGUCGAGUUCGUCGCUCGGCACACAAUCUACACGGCGCCACUGCUCCACUCCUGUAUUCUACCAGAAUAAAACCAGUUCACCAUUG